AUGAAUACGUUCAGUAAGCUAUUCAGCAACGCAUAUAACAGCGCACAUAACAACGAAGCAAAUGAGUGGAAAAAAGGAAAAGUGACAAAAGUUGGCGCCACGGGUACGCUGUUAAAAAGUGCACCUAAUCAGUAUAUGCAAUGGAAUAACGUAAACUUUGGAACAAAGAAAAAUGUGGACACUGGAGAAGUAGUUAUAACAAAUCUUAAAAAGGAGGAACCGGUGUUACUACCACAUAGGGGACAUAAACUUGGUGCAUUUUCCAACGGUUCUGCGUCUAGACAAGUAGGAAAACAAAGCAGUUCCUUCAGUAGAAAUGGAAAGAAUAUAAAUAACAGUGCGUACUCCUUAUACAAUCCGCACAAUUUGUUCAAUGCGUACAGAUUGAAGAAUGCGUAUCACCACCAACAAAAUGCUUUGCUCAAAUAUGAGUCUAAUUAUCCUGCCUAUGAGGUACAGAAAGGGAAAUCGAAUAGUACCACUCAAAAUGGAAAGGUAAUUUUAAGGGAAAAAUGGUGCCCUCCCAAGGAUUACGUACCUCAGGUCGAUAUUAAUAUAAAGGACAAUUAUGAACAGAGGAAAGUAGCGUAUUUUGAUCAUAACGAUAAUAAAUAUAAUGAUAAAGGCAGUAAUUUAAUACUUAGAAAUAAUGCCUACCCCAAUUCUGGGUUGCAACGUAACUUAAAGAAUUAUGUGAAUUCCCCUCCCUUUGAAUUAAGCACGAAGAAUGAAGCACAACGUAGUGAUAACUUUUAUGGGAAUGAGAAAAUUGGAAGGUCAUUAAGUCAAAUGAAUCGGAAUGAAAAGGGAAAGGAAAAUCAUGUUAUCGAAAUGGGGAUAAAAAAUGUCACACAUGGAGGGAUCUCCAGUAAGACCAUGGGGAUGCCUCUUACGGGUCUUCUCAGCAGUACCAAACUUGGGCAACUCCCCGAUGGUAACACCAGUAAGAACAGCCGGAAUGGCAACCAUGUUACAAGUGAAAUGAUCACCAAAUCAGGUGGUCCACUGCACAGGAAUGCACAUCCUAUGACGCACUUGACCCCAAAUGGAAGUGGGACCCCCCUAAACGGAAAUUCAUAUUGGAAAAAGGCAAAUGAAAAUUUCCUUAGCAGAACAUACUCUCUUAAAAGUAUUAGUCAGAAAAGUGUAAGCAAUUCGAGGAGGACGGAAAAUCAAUUUAACCCAUCUUCACUUAUUUCGAAUGAACAGAGAGUGGGUGAAAAACCCAUUCCAAAAGCAACUACUGGAGGAAAGGUGGUUCACGAGGUGUAUUUACAACGAACGGGAGGGGAAAACCGUUACGUGAUGCAAAGCGCAAAUGGAAGCAAGGAUGCAGAAGCAGAAUUGAAGGAGAACCUUAAUAUAUGUGAACUGCGCAACGGACCAGUACUCAAUAUACAACAGAACAGAUUCACGAACAGGUUUGAUGACCCACGUGCGGUGCAGAGAAGCAAUCUGUUCUUAUGUUCGUCGAAAAAUGGCAAAUCCUACAGCGCCAGUUAUGGUAAUUUCUUUGCCACGCAGAAGCAUAACCAGUUCAGAGACGCGUGCGGCCGCAACCAACGCUAUCGCAGUCAACGUGGUAACAACAACUCCUUAACCAUAUUGAGUAAAGAAUGUAUUGCUUACAAGAAUGGCAGAGCAGCAUGCCUUUAUGCCCCCAACAAAGGAGCAGAAAACAGGGGGGAAGGGAGCCACACCACCUUGAAGUACAUCCAGCCUGAACCAGCACACAGGAGUAAUGCCCAAAUGGAUGGUAAUAAUGAAGGACAUAAUUUCACCCUACGCAAGAACUUAAACCAAAGCAGCUGCAAUUUUGUGAGUCCAAUUGAGUACUACGCUACGGAGGUGGGCAAGGGAGGAAAAGAACACAGCUCCAUUACGCAGAACAUCAUGCAAAAAUUUACAAAUGAAGACCUUCAAAAGUAUUAUGUACUUAAAGGGAAAAUUUCUCCAAAUUGGAACCAUAAUGGUAGCGGUCACACGAAUGAUAUCAACGGCAUGAGGAAUGGCAGCACAUGCAAUGGGGGUAGCAACCAUGUGAUGUUAUCCAAAGGAAUGAGUCGUAUUCGGCAUGGUUAUAUUCAUCCACCUUCUCCCGCUGGUGUCAAUGACAGUAGCGAGGGAACGGUUUCAAAAAAUGUAAAAAGGAUCCACCCUGAUGACAGUGUAAACGUGGUUAGCGGUAACUGUGUUAAGAAGAUGGCAGGAGAGAUAGACAAUAGGAACCAUCAUGGAAAUUACAAUGGUGGAGAAAAAACGGACAAACAGUGUAAUAAUAACGUAAUUGGAUACGUACCUAGUGGAGGUGUAAGUUACUGGGGAGGAGCAGCUAAAGGUACGGAAAAGGGCAGUACGUCCGAAAUGACAAUAAAUGAAACAUGUAAGAGCAGGAGGGCGGAAAAAAUAUAUCCUCAGAGUGGCUACUGCAUAAGUAACACCAACGAUCGCAGUGGAAAAGACGAUGAUAAAACAAGUGCAUGUGGCACACGAAAUGGAAACACCGGUAACUAUUUCAGCACCGCAGCGCAGUUCGCGGGUUUGAACAGAACACAGGAAAGGGCUACUCCUGAAAGUAAAAGGUCAGGCCCUAAAGGGGAACAUGUUAAAUGUAAUACCGUAAUGAUGGAUAGCAAUAACCACUUGUCUAGUGUUAGUAAGGGCAUUUAUUUUAGCGAGGGACGAGACGGAAAUAUCGUCCAUUUUGACCAAAAUGGGAAUGGAAAAAUAAGUACAGAAAAGAGAAAAAUUAAUUUUACUGUACCAAGUGAAGGUACCCACUUGAGAGAAACACCACAAGGGAGAUCCACUAUGUGCUGUGAUAAAAAAGAGACGUUAGGCAUUUCUGCGAACGUUCAUGGAACUGUAUUUGAUGAGGAAGAGGCGAAGGAGAAAAUAAGUGAAGCAUCCCGGGAGGAUGAUAAAAAGGGGAAGGUAAAUUUAUGCCCCCCAAAUGGUGGCCUUCCUAUUAGUAGCGCUAAACGGUGCAGCCUGACCAAGACAGGGAUUGAAGACAGAAGUAGGGGCACUCCUGUUCUGCAAUGGAAUAAAGCAUCUUACCCUAACGUAGGAAGUGCUGGACAGAGUACAGCGCGGGAGGAAGACAAAACUGCACUCAAAGUUGAUAAUAAUGGUGACAAUAACGAAUGGGGGAGCCACCCAAAAAAUGAAGGGAAAAAUAAAGAAGGAACAGGGGGCUACGUUCAGGGAAGCAUAAACAAUAGGGAGUUUUGUGCGAGUCAUUGCAAACGUUCGGAAGAAGAAAACCACUUAGGUGUGGAAAAAACCCAUUUGGACAUGCAGAAUGAGCAGAAUUGCGAAGUGAGUUGGUUGUCCCCAUCCAAACCGAGUAUUAUUUUAGCAGGUGCGCAGAGCAGCAGCAAGGUGGUCAAAAGUGACAGUCGGGAAAACUGCCAUUUGUAUGAAGUGGUGGCCUCGGAAAAUCCCGCAGAUGGGAAUGGUUACCAAAGAACCAAUAAAGGGAAUACACAAUGGAGUAAAGAAAAAAGGGGAAAACACAUUUUGAAUAAAAAUAUAAAGGAAUUAAAAAAGGGCACGAUGAAAAAGUACAGCAUGGAAAACGUAACCGACUCGUACAUUUAUCAUUUAAACAAUUUGAAUAGAAAUGCCAAGAUGAGAAUCGGAAAGGGGAAGUUAAAAAUGAAUACAAAUCGUUCCAGUGUUCUGGAGAAGAAUGUUCCAUGGGGUAGUGGCCCUGAAAGGGACAAGGGUACCAAAAAGGAAGAGGAAGUGCAUUACAUGGGGAACGAUAAAACUGGAGAAACACAACGCACUAAUUUAGACGCGCCAAAUGGGAAAAUUAACUACCCAAUUUGUAGCGAAUUGUCCUCCCAAAAGGGGGAUAGUAGCAAUAAUGGAGGACACUGCGAGGUGCACUUAAAGGACAGUUCCCAUUCGGAAUAUGUGAACAUACUUAGUAGGGGGAACCAAACGGAUAGUCAUUUGGAAGUGGGGAACAUGGAAAGGAACGAUAUUUUGUCACAUUUUAGAGGAAGUAAACGUAACCUGCAGGAGGGCUCCGUUAAUGGUGACGCUAAAAGUAAGGUCGAUGGGUUCCAAUCAAACGAUGGGACGUUGGAUAAGGGUGUGAAUGGUAGCAACGAGGGGGACAGUAGUCGGAGUAGUGUAGUAAAUAGUAUGAGUGAUGUGAGCGGCAUGAGCUGUCUGAACGGUGACAGUCCUGAACCGAGCGACGAAGGGGAGAGAGUGAUGCGAACGGGGAAGGUAGCCCUACCGUGGAAGAAGGACCACAUAGUUAAAGUCAACUACAGGAGCAGGAGCAUGAGGGGGAAGAAUAAUAUCACUAUUAACACCAAGUUGGCCAGGUACGAAAGGGUGCUGAUCCACACGUGCAUUAGCAAACUGAAUUGGAAAAAAUGCAUUGACAAUGCAAACAGAGGAAUCUUCUACUGGAUAGGAUAUAACAUAACGGACUUUGACCAUUACAAUUAUAUGAAGAAGAAAAAAAUUAUAAAUAGAAUCCCAUCGAUGUAUAUGUAUACGAAGAAAAAGGCCCUAACAUUUUUACUGUCCCACUUGUCAUUGAUUUUUCCCUCCCUAUAUGACUUCUACCCAAACACAUUUGUUUUGCCGGAAAAUAAAAAUAUUAUAAAGUACAUUCUGAACAGUAAUAAUAAGGAUUACUACAUUAUGAAGCCAGAUUGUGGAAGCAUGGGAAUUGGAGUCAAAGUAAUACAUAAAUAUAGCGACAUUAAUAUAAAUAUAUUGAACGGGUACAACUGCUACAUUGUUCAGAAAUAUAUAGACAACCCGUUGUUGAUGUAUAAGAAGAAAUUUGACUUUCGUAUAUACAUCUUAUUACUUCCAGGGAAACAUUACCCUAAAAUAUACUUGUCUAAAAUUGGGUUUGCCAGAUUAUGUACAGAGGAAUAUAAGAAAAAGAAGAGGUACAUUUAUAACACCUUUAUACAUUUAACUAAUUAUAGCAUUAAUAAAGACAAUGAGAAAUAUAUUAGAAGGAAGAAUAUCCAUGAUAAGAAUAAUAAUAAGCAACUACUAAGUGAUGUUUUUAUUUACCUGAAGAAUAAUGGAUACGAUAUUGACGAUAUAUGGAAACAGAUAAAGAAAAUUACUUGUUUAACCUCUUUGGCAAUUUAUUCCUACAUUAAGGAAAAGAUAAAGUACAAUUUUAAUAACAAUUUUUAUUUUUAUCAGUUAAUUGGGUUGGAUAUCCUUCUGGAUGAUACUGGCAAAGCGUGGUUGCUGGAGGUUAACUCCAAUCCGUCCCUCCGUAUUGACUACAUUGACCCAAGUUACACCAACUUUGAAAUACAGUUAGAGAGCAUGUUCGACAGGUACGUGAAGGAGCCCGUGAUAAGCGAAAUGUUCCUAAUCGUGUAUCGGAAAAUUUAUAAAAAGUAUUUAUCGAGAAGGGGCAAGAAGGGUACCCCCUCAGGUGUUAAUACUGGGGAAAACCAAACGGGGAAAGCGAUAAAGGCGGAAAAAGCGGGUAAAGUGGGCAAAACUAACAGAAUGGGCAGAGUGAAGGUUCAGAGCGGGUUCACGCACGACACGUUUGUCCCCGUAAAUAUCAGGAAUGUCAAAAAUUGGGGGACGCACAAAAAAAAAGUGGGGAAAAAAAUGGUCGAAAAAGGUGAAUCUAGUGGCACUUAUUUGGUAAAGGAAAAUCUCAAAUCGGACGCACCCUGCAAUAACAAAAUUGACAAAAAAAAUGGCUUAACUCGGAAUAGGGGUGUAGACAAAGUCCUCUCAAGUGGUGGCAAAAUUUACCCCGAAAAGGGGUGCAUAGAUGACUUAUCGUGUAAUGACCAGUGUGAGUCAAUAAGCAGAUGUAAAUUGAAUGGCACGCAAAAGGGGAAGCUAGGAAGUAAUGCGCAGGUGAUGAAGAGGGUGAUAAAGGGGAAAAUGAAAAAUGGUUUAUUUUUGAAAAAGGAAAACAUGAGCAUCGUCGACACGUGCGUUGAUGAAAAUGAUAUCGGCAGCUUCAGUUUAUCCAACGAAAUGGACAACGAGGCUGAGGGGGGGAGCAACCUAUUAGGAAGUAGCAAUAAUAAGGGGGUCCAGGAGGGAUGCGCAAAGAGGGUAACAAACCGAGCCGGUGGGGAAACACCACCAAACGGGGAAAUCACUUCAAACGAAACAAGCGCAGAAAUAGGACAAAACGGGAGGUAUUCCAACCGACCAUCCAAUAGCACCACCGGUUGUCUAAACGGCAUAAUGGAAAAAACACAUGGUGGUGAUGCCCAUGGGGGAGGCCAUCCACCGAGGCAGGCAACAAAUGUGAAGAGAAAGUAUACAAAUGAGCAGGAGAUCCAUUAUGACGAAGGAGUGUACACGAGCUCAGAUAUGGACUAUGAAGAUAGCCAAGUGCAAAAUGGGGGAUACGAAAAGUCGAAUACAGUGGGGGGAACACAAAAGGGAAGUAGGAGCACGUACACAUACGACUGUUAUAGUAGCGGUGGAAGCAGUGAUGGCAGUGUGAAAUAUGUGGACAGAAAUUUUGUUAACCAAUUAGGGGGAAAGCAAAAUGGCGUCUUAAGUGUAAAAGGUAAUAAAGAAGGACGACUGCAAUGCUCCACCAAAGGGGAGAAGGACGAUCCACACGAAGAAGAAAUGAACACAACGUGCAGUUAUGAAGAAUUACUAAAAAAGGAAAACAAACUAAUCAAGAACAACAUUUUAAAUAAAGAGACGUACGUACAGAUCGAUAAUCAGGAGGAUAUCGAGUUUGACAGAUUCUUAAACGAUGAUGUGGAAACGUACAAAACGCUGUCAAGAAAUAUUAGUGACAGUGUGUAUAAAAAGAAAAUAGAAAAUUUUAUUAUGCUUAGGAGUAACCUGUAUAAAUACAUGAACUGCUUAAAUGUGCUGGGAAUUCGCUACAUAAACAAUAAUGAUAUAAACAAUUUUGAAGAGCUGUACAAUAAAAACAUUUCGUUCGACUUGAAAAAGACGUACACAAAAAUCAGGAAAGAUAUUUUACAUCCGCUGAAAAAUAAUGUACUAGAAAAGAACGUAUACAUAAAUUUAAAAAAAGAAACGAGUAAAUAUUAUAACGAAAUGAAAAUAUACAAUGACUGUUAUUUUCUCUUCGAUUUUGUUCUAAAAAAAUAUGACAAGAAUUUGAGGAAGAAUAAUAAAAAGGUCGAAUAUUACAUUGAUAAAAAUACCUUCCUUUGCAUGUGUGCAGAUGUAAAAAUAAAUAAAAUAAUUGAAAAUGUAGACAUCCCCACAAGCAGUUAUAAUAAUUUGUUUGAGGUAAAUAAAAGCACGCAGGAAAAUCAAAUGUUUCAAAUCGUUAGGGAGGUCUUGAAAAAUAAAAAUUGCGAGAACAAGGGGAAUUCUGGAAUGCACAGGAAAAGACACGUUAGUGAUGAGAACUGCUCGAACAACUCCAGCUUUGGGGACCCUACUGAUUUGUCAAACGAGAUUUUAUCGGAUCAGGACAGGGUUCACAGGGGUAGAGGGGGAAAUACGGACAAUGAAUGCACCACUGGUAGCCAAAACCGCUCCAAGGAACAACCCGCAAACGGCUCGUAUUACGCGUCCAUUUUUUGCCCCUUUUCCCUCGUCCCAACGUCAAACAAUCUAGUCAAUUUCAACAACAUAGGAAUUGGCAGCACCAAGUAUAAAAGCAGGAGGAGGAAAAAAAUGAACAUAUACGACUUGGAGUAUUUAUUUAUGAGGCAAGUAUUCUUCAGCAAAUACAUUAACAAAAACCAAGGCUUAACAGUUAUCGAUUUUUUUUUACUAAUGCAACAGGUUGCCCUUUUGAUAUUCCCAUUCAUUAGCUACGUUAGUGCGUACAACGUUUUGUACCCGUAUAAUGGUGCCCUCUUUGAUGAACUGAGCAAUCAAGGGAAUAAUUUUUUCGCUAGUGGAGGUUUAGACACUGGCAUGGGAGGUACGAAAAAAUACGUUAAGGCUAAAAGGAAAGGAGAGAAGGACAGGUAUAAUAACGCGUACGUAAAAAGGGAAAAUAAGGAUUAUAACGAUCGUAAGGAUUGUAACGGUUGUGACGAUGUGGCCAAUUCGGUAAAAAAUGACGUCAACAGUUUUCAUCAAAAAGGAGGAGAAGUACUAUAUAACCAUUUGCAUCCCGAGUUGAGUAGAACAAAUUGUACCAGAAAUGGUAUUCACCAAGUGGAGGAGAAGAAAAAAAAUAAUUAUUUAUGGCAUAAAAACGUUUGCAGCAAUGUUUACAAUUUGUAUGAGUACAUUCAAAUAGGCGUUAACCCCGCUGUUAAAAAUGUGUGUUUGGAAACUUUUUUAAAUUUUAUUUUUAACAAGUACGGAAUAAUACAGUUUUCGUAA